AUGAUGAAGAGGAUUGAGAAGGAGUUGGACACCAGGAUCUACCCUGGCACGGAGAUUAUGACAGAUGUUGGCUCCCAUCAUUUUGUCAAGUCGUCUAAGCGUUCAGAUCGUGUCUUGGUCCCACAGCCUUCUAAUAAUCCCAGCGAUCCCUUGAAUUGGAGCCCUUUCUGGAAAGCGACUGCAAUGUUUCUCUCAACAGCAGUAACGUUUACGCAAGCAUUUGGCCCCCUAGCUUUGGCCCCUAUGUUCCCUCAAUUAAUCCGAGAUUUUGAUACCGACUUAGCUGGUGCUGUUAAAUUCACUGGUGUUUGUAUCCUUGUUCUUGGGUUUAGCAAUUUUUUCUGGGUUCCAUUGCAAACAUGCUUUGGAAGAAGACCAGUAUUGAUUUUAUCUACCCUGGUGUGUUUGGUCGCUUCGAUUUGGAGAGGCCUUGCCACAUCCUACGGGAGCUUUAUGGGAGCCUGCAUUUUGAAUGGCUUUGGUGCUGGACCAGCAGAGACUGCGCAGCCGCAAAUAAUCGCGGAUAUUAUGUUCCUCCACGAACGGGGUGCAUACAAUACGCUCUACUUCACGUUUUAUUUCGGAGCGUUGGUGAUGUCACCAGUUAUUUCCGGAUCUAUGGCGUAUAAUCUACACUGGCGUGACUUCUGGUGGCUCAAUGUCGGCCUGUUAGGUUUUGUUCUAGUAUUAUUGAUAUUUUUUUUUCCUGAAACGAGAUGGCCUCGGACUCACCCAAGGGAUCCGGCUGCGGGGAACGGUGUGACUGAUAAGAAUGCCGCCAACGUGGAAGCCGGUUCGGCGGAACCAUCCAUAGAAUCUGAAAUCGAAAAUGAACAUAAAAACAGGGAUCCAUACCUUUCCAAGGGGAAACCUUCACUGCGACAGUUUAGACCAUUUUUGAUGGUCGAACAUCCAGUUAAAAGUCUGUUGCUUGACUUUUGGAUCCCCUGGAAGCUCCACCUCUUCCCUAUUGUCCACCUGGCAGCUUUCAUUGUUUCCUGGUCGGCCAGCGUUUUUCUCGUGGUUAACGUAACCCAGAGUCAGCUCUUUGCGGCACCACCAUAUAAUUUCAACAGUCAGACAGUUGGAUUUUUCAACUUUGCCGUGAUAGUUGGUAUCGGUAUUGGACUGGCCACAAACGGGUACCUCUCUGAUUGGAUUUCUAUGCGCGCCACGAAGAAAAAUAGAGGCAUUCGAGAACCGGAGAUGAGGCUCCCUGCUAUGAUACCAUAUGUUAUUAUUAUGAUUAUUGGGAACUUUGUCGUGGCAUUUGGGUACGAGCACAAAUGGGAUUGGAAGAUAAUCGUGAUAAUCGGCUACACCGCCAUUGGAAUCCAGGUAGCUGCACUUCCAGCUAUUUCCAGCACGUACGCUGUCGACAGUUACAAGCCCAUUGCCGGAAGCAUCUUCGUCACCAUUACCGUGAACAAAAAUCUCUGGGGCUACGGUUUGAGCGAGUUCAUUACGCCAUGGACGCAGCGCAGUGGCUUCAUUCCCGCUAUCAUGCUGAACAUGUGUUUGACAACCCUUUUCUGUGCCUGUGGGAUCAUCUUUUAUUACUAUGGCAAGCGGCUGAGAAAGAUCACGGCUAAUUCGAAGGUGCAUCGUAUGUGA